AUGAAGCUCCCUCAAUCUCUUGCUGUUUUGCUGGCGGUUUCGGCCGUCAGCGGCUCCCCAGCUCCUCUCAAGAAGCGUCACUAUACCUUUCCGGCCAUAGACUCAACUAGCGAUUGGCAAUACGUUCGUCAAACGACCAACUACCAAUCCAACGCUGGCCUCGCCGAUGUCAACUCCGAUCAAUUACGCUGCUACCAAGCAGGUACACAGGGCGCAAAGUCUACCAUGGCUGUUGCUGCGGGUGGAAGCGUCACUUUCAAAUCGAGUCCUAAUAUCUUCCACCCUGGUCCUAUCCAAUUCUACAUGGCCAAAGUCCCCGACGGACAAGACGUCACAACAUGGGACGGCAAAGGCGAAGUAUGGUUCAAGAUUUACGCCGAGAAAGCGAUCAGCUCUGGCGGACAACUAAGCUGGGCAAGCUUGAACAAAGGAUCCUUCAGCGCCACGAUACCGAAGAAUCUCCAAUCUGGUGACUACCUGCUACGAAUCGAACAUAUCGCUUUGCAUCAAGCAAGUAGCACUGGUGGCGCGCAAUUCUAUAUCUCUUGCGCGCAAGUCAAGGUUACGGGAGGCGGGAGUGGGACUCCGAGUCCGUUGGUCUCGUUCCCUGGUGUGUAUAAAGCGUCGGAUCCGGGGAUCAAGAUUAAUAUUUAUUCGGCGGCGGGUACAUAUACUCCUCCAGGACCUCCAGUCUGGCAAGGCUAA